UUCAGCCUUAUCUUUGUGCUCUAUAUGAAAUAACUUUUUAUAGUGGACACAUAACUGAGCAAUUUAAUUAAUUUGUAUGUGUUUUAUACAGCUGAUUUGGUUUUACAUUUUCCAGUCUGCAUUGUUCCUUAUGUAUUUUAUUUUGUCUCAGGCGAGCUCAUCGGACUGCAGUACCUGUUCCGGCAGACUGGUCAGGCACUGCAGGACAUGAACCCGGACUCAGAGGACACCGCUCGCUUGGUAGAAGAGCAUGAUGCGCUGGUCGAUGAGGAAGAUGAGGGCUUCUCAGAACUUUCAGCUGACCCCACAGUGCUGGAUAUGGAGGUUUCUUCCGGCAGCUCUUCCACAGUGGCUCCCAGCAGCUCUUCCACAGUGGCUCCCAGCAGCUCUUCCACAGUGGCUCCCAGCAGCUCUUCCACAGUGGCUCCCAGCAGCUCUUCCACGGUGGCUCCCAGCAGCUCUUCCACAGUGGUUCCCAGCAGCUCUUCCACAGUGGCUCCCAGCAGCUCUUCCACAGUGGCUCCCAGCAGCUCUUCCACGGUGGCUCCCAGCAGCUCUUCCACGGUGGCUCCCAGCAGCUCUUCCACGGUGGUUCCCAGCAGCUCUUCCACAGUGGCUCCCAGCAGCUCUUCCACAGUGGCUCCCAGCAGCUCUUCCACAGUGGCUCCCAGCAGCUCUUCCACGGUGGCUCCCAGCAGCUCUUCCACAGUGGCUCCCAGCACUUCCUCCAUGCUGUCUGAGGCUGGAGAUACCUCAAAUGAAACAUUGGCUGUUGAUGACCAGAAUGUGCCGGGAUACCAGCAUGUGGACAGGCUUGCUGAGUACUUGGUGGGGCUUCGGGAGCAGACCUCUCUCUGUCUCACCAACCUACAAGCAGACUGCAUCACAGAACUCUGGCAGAGGCUGGAUGACAGGGACAAGCAGCGGGUUGUUUAUGCAGCACGACACCAGGACAGACUUUUGAGUGGACGCUUUCGUACACCAAAGAAGCCUUCAAAAACUCCUGGUGUGGAGAGCACAACGCGCUGCGUGCUAGGUGCCAGCAGCGCUCCUGCACAGUGGCCUGACUGCUGUAGGUUGGUGGAGACCAUUUUUAUUCGGCUUUGUGGUCUGCACUCAGCCCCGAAAAGGAAAGGCAAGGGGGCAGAAUCACGGUGGUCCUUAAUUUUGAGGGACUAUCGUAAAAUCAGGGAUCUGGUGGUAGGUAAUGCCCGUGUUAUGCAGGGAACAGAGAUACAGCUGGUGGAGGUGAACCAGAACACCCUGAUUCAGUGGCACAAUGGCAGGCAGAAGAAGCAGGAGCUGUCUGUGCUGCUUCAGGGAACUGCUGUACCUCCAAAUUUACCUGUGUCUGAAGAACCACUAAUGGAUGCAAGAGUGCUGCCUUCUGUUCCUGUGCCAGCUCAGUAUGAACAUCAAUACCAGCUGCCAGAGUGUACAGCUGGCCAGGCAAAACAAAGGCAGGCACCAAGUGCCAUCCAGCCAAAAGGUGCCACAAAAAGGCCGUCCCCCCUUCUGGUGGCACCAGCUGUUUUUCCGGCUCCAGCAGCCUGGGCACCCUCAGCUCCUGGGAUCCCUCACCAGGCCCUCGCACAGGCAGGACAACCUGUGGUUCUAUAUCAGAUGGUCCCACCUGCAGAGAUCCAGGGAACCCACCACCAGCAACCUCCAACAAAGAGGCCAUAUAAAAGAACUGUGCAGGCUAACACCUGCAAAAAAUUUGGCCUCUUCCGUACAGCUGAGACUGGGCAUAGCCACUACCGAGGGAGGGUCUACUGCCCACAGUCUGAGGUCCUUACAAAGGAACAGUGGUUGGAGGAGAUGAGAAAGUAACUAAAAUAAGGAGUUUGUAAUAAGGUGUUUCACUUUUUUGAUCGGUUUUAUUGUUACUUCUGUUGUUAGUUCAUGCUCAGUGGUGAACCUGUUAUUAGUAUUAUGUUAUUUCCAACCUUAUCCUUUGCUUGAUUUUUUUAUAUAAAUAGUGAUCCUUUUUUAUUGUUUUUAUAUUGACAAUUGUCUUUGUGAAAGCAACAUUUUUUAUUGUGCACAGUGACAUUGAACAGCUCAAAAAUAUUUUGGAAGAAAUGUAGAGUUUUAAUAUUUAACAGUGUUUAUUGAAAAACAAAAAAGUCUUAUAUUUCCAUUUAUUUUCUGAAAGAAAAAACG